GAAGCACAUCAAACCCUUCAUUGCUCACAUAAGAGAGAGAGAAAGACAAAGAAAGAGAAGGAUAAUGGCAGCACUUGGUGGCGCUCGCGAUGUGGCAGGAAGCCAGAACAGCCUUGAGAUCGAUAAUCUUGCUCGCUUUGCUGUUGAAGAACACAACAAAAAAGCGAAUGCGCUUCUGGAGUUUGGAAGGGUGAUAAGUGCAAAACAGCAAGUGGUUGCUGGUACCUUGUACCAUAUCACUUUAGAGGCAAAAGAUGGUGCCAAUAAAAAGGUUUAUGAAACCAAGGUUUGGGAGAAGGCAUGGAUGAACUUCAAAGAGGUGCAGGAGUUCAAGCUUGUUGGAGAUGCAUCUUCGGAAUCUAGUGCUUAGCUAGGUUACUGAAGAAUGAAGAUUAUGUGCCUAGCGGCUCAAGGUGAAAGCUAAGGAUAUAUAAAAGCAUGCUAUGUAUGUAAUAAACGUUGCUAUUUACCUCUGAGUUCGGGAUUUAAUAUUUGAAGUCAUAAGAAUACACUCGUUGAAUGCAUUUGGCAUCCCCUUUUAAGUAUUAACUAAAGGGAAUAUAUGGUCCUUUUGUGUAAAUAUUAUCUAUUGAUGUUGUCAA